AUGAUUGGUGCUCCAUGGCCACCCGAGGCGGUGUUCGGUAACACUGUGGACCGCGUGGCCUCGCCGGCGCCGGUACCAGAGCGCAAGACGCGCAUCGCCGAUGCGCUGCACCUGCGCCUCUCCCGCUUCGUGGACAAGAUGAGCUGGGGAGAAAAGAGACGGGUUCAGAUACUUCAUGGCAUGCUCUACCCCGCCACCGUGUACCUCCUCGACGAGUGCAGCACCGACAUCGACGUUGCAGAGCGGCACACUGUGCUGGAACUGGUACGGCAGGAGUGCGAGGCGAAGGAUGGGUGCUGCGUGUAUGCGACCCACAUCCUCGACGGUAUCGAAGGCUGGGCUACCCACCUGCUUCUCAUGGAGGGAGGCCGCGUAGUGGACUUCAAGGCGGUGGAAAAACUCACCAUGCCCUUGGAGGACUACGCGCUCCAGCUCAUGGGCAAGCGCGCCCACGCCGCUCGCGGCGUCGACGCCGUGGCGGCGCCGUCGCUGUCGCACCGGAGUUCUGCGGCGAUUUCAACGACGUCUUCAGCGUGCCCAACGACAUGUGCAGCCGCCUCCCCAACCUCCGCGACAGCCGACACGCCGGUCACGUACUGGCCACAAGGGAAAACGGGCGAGGAACAGAGCGAAGUCGUCAUCAACUGUGCGCACCUGAACUAUAAGGAUGUUUUUGAGAACUUGUCGUUUCAGGUGUUCCGCGGCGAGCGGGUGCUGCUGUGCGGCGGUAACGGCACCGGCAAGUCCACCUUGCUGAACAUGCUUGGCGGAAAGCAGUUCUUUGACAACCGCCACGGCUCUCUCUCCGUGCUUGGUAAGCGGUGCUACGAUGACAUGCUGCUGAACGCUCUUGUUAGCUAUGGUGGCGAUUGGUGGACUGCCGUGCCUGGUGGGGAGGUGCACGUGCGCGAAAUGCUCCAGCUUUGCACCUCUCGUGCCGAGCGCUUGCGUGAGAUGCUGGCCGUGGACAUGGACUGGGAUGUGCGGCACAUCAGCGCUGGAGAGCAGAAGCGUGUGCAGCUGCUCUUGCACUUGCUGGAUGACAAGCCCGUCGUGCUGCUUGAUGAGGCGACCACGGACCUGGACGUUUAUCAGCGCCACAGCCUCCUGCAGUUCCUCUACGAAGAGAGCGUGCAGCGCGGGGUGACAGUCGUCUACUCGACGCACAUUUUCGGAGGUCUGGAGGGCUGGGCCAACGUUGUGGUACUACUGGACCGGACCGUGCGCGGCGCUCAUGCGGUGUGGCGCGCCUCUGAAGCGCAGCCCAUCUCACUGCAGCGCGUUGUCGAUACAAUCGUUGCUCUCAAGUCGCGAGAGGUCUUUUGA